AUGUUCACGAUCCGCCAUGACUUACCGAAGCCGCUGUUGGAAGCUCUCCAAUCCCGUCGCUCAGCCGUCGAAACUUACAACAAAAUUCGCGGUGAUAUCAUCCACCAAUGUCGCUUGAACUUUGACGAUCCGACUUCUCGCGCCGAUUUCAUCGAAACACGCUGUCGUACUGUCUAUGUGGACCGUUUGGCCGAAUGCUAUCCCCCUGAAGACCACUGGGUGGCAGACACUCCAGAAAUCGCGAAGCUUUGGCGAGACCACUGUCGCAACAGCAAACUCCACGACAAGCGCGAAGGUCGCUUCCCAAUCUUCACAGUGGACCAGGCGAAGCUCAUCAUUGCUGAGGCGGACGAAAGCAUCCUCUUUCGCGAUGCGAAAACCAAGGAACUUAUCGGCGGCGUCAUACGAGAAUGUUGUUCAUUUCCGGGGCUCGUUCAUGGCGCCUCUCAGGUAGCGGCUGAUGCUUGUAAACAUCGCAAAAGCGUUCGGAAGGACGAUCCCGGAGUACUCGCGCUCGUUGGCUUCACAGCUGGCUCUCGCUCGGCCUGCCGGUUUGACUGGGCAAAGAAUCUCUUGAAACCGAGAGAGGAUUCCGCUUUCAAGAACGAUCUGCGCUUCCGCGAAGCCUCAAUCUGCGCGUUUGCCUGGAACAUGGCUCGCGGGAUGCUACCGAAUGAAGUUAUUGAAAGCUACGAUAGCUUCCUUCAUGGAACGUUCAUUCCACGCAUGAAUUCUUCCAGCGACUUCUUCAGUAAAAUGGGUAUGUAUUCGGUUGAAGACAUACGAGGCCCAGGGGGAAACGUCAAUUAUCGCAAUGUCUACAAGUUUGACGCUGUUGAGCUAGCACCACCUUCAGCUGUGUUUUCGAUGAACUACUCCAGGCGUGUACAUCGCGAAGGCAGUCCGCACCAAUACGUGGCGUCGUGGACCAUCAAUCGCCCUGUCGCGGAUCUGGGAGGCAAUUUCUUCAUACCAGCGUUCGGUAUCAUGAUCAAGUCGGCGAGCAACUCGCUCGUGUUUUGGAAGCCAAAGCUGUUACACUGUACAAGCCUUCGUUCCUUUGGCACACAGGAGCAGCUGGACAACAUAUACGAACUGGGCCUCACAUUUGCGACUUCUCCCCGCCUUCCCAGUGCAUGGGAGAAAUACGUCGCUGCCAACUAUUCCGACGAGGCCGCUCAAGAGUUGGCCGACGAGAUCCGUAACGCUGGCCACGAGUCGGAUGCUGAAGAUUGA